CUGCAAGUGUGAUGGAGGUUGCACCAUGGCCAACUGUCCCUGCAUCCUGCGCAGUCAGUGCUCCUGGACCCUCAUGGGUGGCCAACUCAGGCUGGAUACCACUGGCACAGCCCCUGAGAUGGGAUCCAUCUACGAAUGCAACAUGCUGUGUGCUUGUCCCAGGUCCUGCCCCAACCGGGUGGUGCAACGUGGGCUCCGAACCCAGCUCCAAGUUUACAGGACAACUGCCAAAGGUUGGGGUGUGCGCACAGUGCAGGAUUUUCCCCAGGGAGCCUUCCUUUGCCAGUACUUUGGGGAGCUGAUUUCCAACACUGAGGCUGCACACCGAGAGGAAGACACUUACUACUUUGUGGUGGACAUGCAGGAUGGGCGACAGUGCUGUCUCGAUGGGCGCUAUUAUGGCAAUGUGGGCCGCUUCCUAAAUCAUUCAUGUCAACCCAACUUGGUAGCCCUACAAGUUGCUCUGGGAUAUGAGAUCCCUGGCAUUGCCUUUUUCAGCACACGAGCCAUCCAAGCUGGUGAAGAACUUGGGUAG